CUGGUUCAAUUAUUUACUUUUUAUAUCGCAAUAUUGGUUAUUACGUUCCUCGGGAAUUGUGUAUCGGCAGUGUGUUUUGUUACCAGAUAAAACCUUCUGGGUGUUUGUAGCUACGUUUUUGCAAUUACACAGGCGGGUGUCUUCUAUUGGCAUGUGCGAGUAUUCGCAAUAGGCCCACUUUAUGGAUAGCUGUGUUUUAUAUUAUAAUUCAUGUGGCAUCGUGGUACUUUGACGUUACUUUGUAGCUCCUGCCGUUACGUGAUACGUCGUUGGCACGUUCCAAUUUUGGGUGUCGACUGUAACGCCAACCCAAGGCAUAAGCAGGCAUUGUCUAACCCUGCUCCACGAUCUCGCGGUAUUCCCAAGCAUCUGAGUCCGUAUAUAUUUGGUAAACAGUACCAACGUCACCCUGCGUGGCGUACUGAUGAGACAUUUCUGGCAACCUCUGCUGCCAAAUACCGCCGUACAGUUCGUCGUAGUUGGUGAUUCGAUAUAUAGACAUGGUGAAGCAAGGUGCUUCACGUGACCAGGAGGGUAACGAGCAGCAUGGAGAAGGCCAUAAAGACACUGAUGCAGGCAAGUCUGGCAAAUCUCUUUCUGUAUCGUUAACCCAAGCUCUUUUGACAUCGGACAAGGCAUUGCUGGAGAGCAUGCUGCAGACCACUGAUAUUCAUACCAUCGAGGCUACAGUGGCUGAUAUGCCAUCUUCAUUAGCAUUAUCAUUGCUGGAAUUUAUAUGCUCUAAUGUAAUAAGGGUACCAAACCAGCUAUAUGGUCGGGAGGGUUGGAUAAACACUCUUCUACGACACAACUGUGCAUUCUUUUCACAGAACACUGCUGGACGCGCUACUCUGUUGAAGUUGAACAAGCACAUUAAACAAAGGUUAUCUGCUAACCAAGCUUUGCUUCGUUUAAAGGGCAAGGUCGAUACUGUAGUCUAUUUGUCUUCGAUUGAAACGCGUAAGCGUCAACGCGAGACGAUUGAGCGCAACAGUGCUUCUGAGCCUCUGGUAACUUACGAGGAUUAAUAUCUUCCCAAUUGUCUAUGGUCCUAGAUGUUUGUAUUAUACGAAUGCAU